UAUUUCGGGGAUAUCCAUACUUGUUGUGGCAGCUGAGGCUUAUUAAUGUUUUACGUAAGUUCCGUAUCCGGGUGGACAUUUUUUUUCUUUUAGCCCUGUCGGUUAUUUUGGAAGGAAAUUGCGAAUAUGGCCGGGCGUCGCGCUGCUCUGAAAGCCAUCGACUGGAUGGCGUUUGCCGAAAGGGUUCCGCCGAACCAGAGGGCCAUGUUCAACGGCCUGAAGACGCGUAGCGAUGCCAUCGCCGCCAGGCUACGCUCUCUGCCAGAGAAACCCGCCGCCAUCGACUGGACCUUCUACAAGAGCGCCGUGGCCAACGUCGCCAUGGUCCAAGAGUUCGAGACAAAGUUCUCUGCUCUGGUCGUUCCUGAGCCUGUGGACACGGAGACCAGCAAGAUCGACGCCCAGGAGCUGGAGGCUAACAAACAAGCUGCUGCCUACGUUGAGGGAUCCAAAGCUCGCGUCACCCAGUAUGAGGAGGAGCUGGCGAAAUUCCAGAACAUGACUCCCUUCGAUCAGAUGACCAUCGAGGAUCUGAACAACACUUUUCCCGAGACUGCGCUGGACAAGGUCAAGUACCCGUACUGGCCACACAAGCCCAUCAGCGACCUGUAGCUCCUCCCCCUUCCUCCAGCCUGGCUUCCUGUUCGCACUCACCCAGCGGGAGCAGUGUGUGUGUGCACGCGCGUCCUCUGAUUAGAUGAGCUUCAAAAUAAAAGUCACUGUACAGUCCUGAGA